AUGUCCACUGUCCAACAACAACUCGAUACAAACGAUUGGAAGUCAAAAUUGAACAUUCCAAAAAAAGAUACAAGACCUCAAACUGAAGAUGUGUUAAACACAAAGGGUAACUCCUUCGAAGAUUUCUAUUUGAAAAGAGAACUAUUAAUGGGUAUCUUCGAAGCAGGCUUCGAAAAACCUUCCCCUAUCCAAGAAGAAUCUAUCCCAAUUGCUAUAGCAGGAAGAGAUAUUCUUGCAAGAGCCAAAAAUGGGACUGGUAAAACUGCUGCAUUCGUCAUCCCUACACUAGAAAAAGUAAAACCAAAGAUCAACAAGAUUCAAGCUUUGAUCAUGGUCCCCACAAGAGAAUUGGCUCUUCAGACUUCUCAAGUAGUAAGAACUUUAGGUAAACAUUGUGGAAUCUCCUGUAUGGUCACCACAGGGGGUACUAAUUUGAGAGACGAUAUCAUGAGAUUGAACGAAACUAUACACGUCUUGGUCGGUACUCCAGGUAGAGUCCUUGAUUUGGCCUCCAGAAAAGUUGCUGAUCUUUCCGAAUGUAGUUUGUUCAUCAUGGAUGAAGCCGAUAAGAUGUUGUCCAGAGAUUUCAAAACAAUCAUUGAACAAAUCUUGAUUUUCUUACCAAAACAUCAUCAAUCUCUAUUAUUCAGUGCCACUUUCCCCUUGACUGUUAAAGAAUUUAUGGUCAAACAUUUAACAAAACCUUAUGAAAUCAAUUUAAUGGAUGAACUAACUUUGAAAGGUAUCACUCAAUAUUACGCCUUCGUCGAAGAAAGACAAAAAUUACAUUGUUUAAAUACAUUGUUCUCCAAAUUGCAAAUCAACCAAGCCAUCAUCUUUUGCAAUUCCACAAAUAGAGUGGAAUUAUUAGCCAAGAAAAUUACUGAUUUAGGCUACUCAUGUUAUUACUCACAUGCAAGAAUGAAACAACAAGAAAGAAAUAGAGUUUUCCAUGAAUUCCGUCAAGGUAAAGUUAGAACCCUUGUAUGUUCAGAUUUAUUGACUCGUGGUAUUGAUAUCCAAGCUGUUAACGUCGUCAUCAAUUUCGAUUUUCCAAAAACUGCAGAAACCUAUUUACACAGAAUCGGUAGAUCCGGUAGAUUCGGUCAUUUAGGUUUGGCUAUCAAUUUGAUUAAUUGGAAUGACCGUUUCAAUUUAUACAAGAUUGAACAAGAAUUGGGUACAGAAAUCGCUGCAAUUCCUUCCACCAUCGACAAAUCAUUAUAUGUCGCCAAUGAUAAUUCUGCUGUUCCAAUUCCAUUCCCAAUUACAAAUGAUCAACAUGCUGAUAAUCAGAACCAAAUGCCAAACCAAAUGCCAAAUCAAAUGCCUCCACAACAAUUUAAUCCUCAAUUCAACCCUCAACAACAAAUGAUGAACAUGCAAAUGCCUCCUCCUCCAGCUCAACAACAAAAUUUUAAAUCAACCUCAAUUUUAAGAGCUAUAAUUUACAUGCUUCCUCCACCCACGUUCUCUCCUUUCUUAAGAAUAUUUCAAUUUGAUCUUCAAUUUUUUUUCUAUUUAUUUUUAUCUUUUUACAUUUACUUUUUUUAUUUACAAAUUUUAUUUUUUUUGUCUCUUUCUUUAUGUUCACUAUUUUACUUUAUUUCAUUUUCAAUUCAUACCUUUCUUUAUUUGGUUAUUUUUUCUCACUAUUAUUUUUUACUCGACCAUUUUUUUUUAUUUUCAAUUCACAAAAAAAAGAUCAAUCCUUCUCAUUCUUAUCAUUUCUUAACUCCCUCACCUGCCACUAAUUAA